GCACCGGGACGUGGAGAUUGGCUGGUGCGCAGAUCCCUCAGCUCGUAUGCGAUGGCCAAUUUAUCCCACAUCCACACCCGUGGUUGGCCCUCGCCACAGGGUCCGGGGCCACCUACGGUCCUGUGGCCCGAGUCAUAGCACGACUGGAUUCCGAUGGGUCGGAUUGACGUUGUCAUUGCCUGGUUGGGACGGCAUACGUUGUCCUUUCUCCAUCGUUCUUUGCCUUGAUUUGGCCGACCGCCUACUUCACGUGAAGACCACGUGACCUUAAUAAACAUGGCCAUCUCCCACGUGAUAUAGAAUCAGGUGACCAGUCAGGUGCGCUCACCUGACAUCAUGUGACCCGGAAAGAGCCUGCGGCCCGUCGAGAGCUCCGGAGCUGUCCCGGACAACCUCAGACUGUUGUCGGUUAUACCCUCGAUCAUCAAACCUUUCCUCGAUUAAACCUCAUUCACAAUGGAAGGACUCUCUGCCUCGGAACAGCGCGAGUUCGCUUCUCGCAUGGAGAGAAAGCAGCUCAAGGAGUUCAUGACCAUGUACUCCAAGCUCGUCCAGCGCUGCUUCGACGACUGCGUCAACGACUUCACCACCAAGUCCCUGGUCAACCGCGAGGAGGGCUGCGUGAUGCGCUGCGUGGACAAGUACCUGAAGGGAUCUGCCCGGCUGAACGAGCGCUUCCAGGAGCAGAACGCGGCCAUGAUGCAGAGCGGCCAGAUGCCGGGGCGGUAAACCGUUGACCGGGAACAAUUCUUUUCUAAUCGUGUAAUUUGACUCCAUGGGUU